AUGCCUGCCAAGUAUCUUCUCCUGGCCCCGUUCCUCCUGGACUCAGCCCUAGCAGGAACCCUCUACACAGCCUCCUUCACCUCCUCGCUCUCCCCAUUCUCAGCAUGCAACCUCAAGUCCCCAUCCAGCGUCACCACAAGCGCCGACAACGCGGUCUUCACCUUCGACGAAAGCGACUUCGACGGCACCCGGGACGACAAGGGCGUCGAGAUCUGCGUCUUUGAAGAGGGCACCUCCACCAACGUCGCCCAGAUGACAAAGGAAGGGUGGCAGGGCUUCAACCUCCAUGUCUCUUCAGACUCAUUCCCAACUAACAGGAGCACCAUUAUCGCGCAGCAGUUCUGUCCGGGGGGCUGCUCGUCCUGGUGCGGCGGGUUGCAGAUCGUGGAUAAUGCGCUUGUGGCUGAGCACCGCGCUGCGUGCGGGGAUGCGACGACGACCACGCUUGUUGCCGAUAUUGAGCGCGAGACGUGGCAUGGGGUUGUUGUGCAUAUGAGGGUUUCGCAGAAGGGAGACGGGGUAUACGAGGUUUGGUGGGAUGGGACGCAGGUGUACGGCGUGGACGGCAUCGAUGUUGGUUUUGGGACGUGGGACGGAGACGCGCUAUCUUCUGGGUGGUACUUUAAGAAUGGGAUAUAUGCCUAUGAUACGGAGGAUUAUGUUGACGGAACGACCAGGGCUUUGUUGCUUGACAAUGUAAGCUGGUACGAGACUGACAGUGGUGAAACGGACGGUUAUGAUACUGUUGUCCCAGGGAGUGCUAGUUAA